AUGUACGCUUGUCUCAUUACGCUGUUUGCAGUGAGCGAAUGCAAAAACAACCCUUGCUCGCUACAUAUGAUGCCAUUACCUGGAACAAAUCCAUAUGUUAGAACUGAUCAGAACGGUCAUAGUUGUAGGAGCCAUAUUAAAAUAGCUGUCUGCAAAGGUUAUUGUCUUUCUCAAGAGUUUGGAACACACGAAUUCCCUCAUAGAAAGCAAAAUAGUAAUGUUUGCGUACAAGAAGGUGGCUUUCUCGAAACAGUAGAAAUGGAUGAAUGUGAUCCAGAAGCCGACCAAUCAAUUCGAACUUACAGAGUACUUCGAAAUAGCACCUGUACAUGCAAAAAAUGUGAUAGUGCGUCAAUGAUGUGCUUAAAAAACAGUUUAAUCGAUUAG